AUGGCAACGCCCACCCAGGUGGAUGAGAACCCCCCCGCUAGAGCUUCUAGAUAUUCCCGCGCAGAACCAAGUAUAGGCACAUCGGAAAGCCCUCCUCUCGCGGACAUAGCCACGCCUGCUCAGCUUGCAGAGAAGGGUCGACACGAUAUGGGAGCUCCCUCAUCUCCUCCUUCGUCCCCUCUCGCGGGACUAGCAACACAUGCGCAAAUGGCAGAGAAGAGCCACCAGCACCGGUCCCCGCCGCCCCUUCCUCCCAGGUCGGCCGCCGCUCAACCGCCCCCUCCUCCAUAUACCGCAAAUGAUUUCGAAAGGGGCCGCCUUAUAUCUGAGCAAUGGCGAUCCCAUGAUCCGAGAUCAAGCUCCACACAUUCCCUGGUGCCUUCAGAAUCGGCACGCCGUGGACGUCGAACCCUUCUACUCGUCUACAUCCAUGGGUUUAUGGGCAAUGAAUCAAGCUUUCAGAGCUUCCCAGCACAUGUCCACAAUCUCCUCACCAUCACCGUUGCGGAGACACACAUGGUGCACACCAAAAUAUAUCCUAGGUACAAGUCGAGGAAGGCGAUAGACUUUGCAAGAGAUGGCUUCAGUAGUUGGCUAGAGCCACACGAAGAUGAUCACACUGAAGUUGUGUUGCUCGGGCAUAGCAUGGGAGGUAUCCUGGCUGCCGAGGUAGCACUUCAGGAGUCUCGUCCUGGAUCUACUGAAAAGCCUUUCCGUCACCGAAUACUAGGUACUAUCAACUUCGAUACUCCCUUCUUGGGGAUGCACCCUGGCGUGGUAGCAAGUGGCAUUAGUAGUUUGUUUCGUCCAGCUCCAGAGCCACCAGGAUCCAAGGCCCCUCCAAGCUCAACUUAUGGUGCAAACAGCCCGCAGCCAGAAAGUGACCCAACUGCAUCCCCUUCAAUAGCCCAAUCCCAGACAAGUUCGCAAUUGAGCCUGGUCCAAAGUAUCACGUCUCCUUCUGGUCAACCAAUGCCCCAAAACUCCUUUUUUAAUCCUCCUUUUCCAAAUGAUGUCCGAUUACAAGAACGGCAAGGAUGGUCAAGCGUAAUGCACUUCAUUUACAAACAUUCCGAUGGCCUCACAAAUGCCACAAAGCAAUAUGUAAUGUCCCAUUUAGAAUUUGGUGGCUGCUUGGCAGAUUAUCCUGGCCUAAAAUCUCGCUACAAGAAGCUGCGUGAGUUGGAAGAUGUUGACGAUAUCACAAGGGAAGAUCCCCUAGGCAAUCAAACCCGGCCGACGCGGGUUAGGUUUGUAAAUUAUUACACCGCAAGUACUGGCAGGCCAAAAUCUCCAAAACCACCACCUGAAGCGGCAACGGAUGACGAUGGGCACCCCAAAGAUUCUCAGGCGGAGUUGACUAACUCUAGCAUGGUUGCUGCUGUCUGCCCCUCUCCCACAAACAUUCCUACCAUGCACAUCGGAAAGGAAGGGGACGGUGCUAUUACACCUCAACCACUCGAAGAUAUUUCCACCAGGCGAUCGGUGAGGCUCCAAAUGGAAGAUCUCGGCGAGAGUUCUGGUGUGCAAAAUGAUUAUCAGGAACCACCUGAGAUGAGACACAUCGAUUCAAUCCCUAUUGAGGAAGACAACGCUGCUGAAUCCCCAACUACCGUUAACGUGGAGGUGUCAGAUCAGUCAAUCCCAAAUAUCAAAUCACCUUCGGAGCCGCCGUUGCCGCCAAUCCCAGAUGUUCCAAAAGAGCCAGACUCAAUUGACUUUAGCCUCUACACUGACAAAGACUCCCGCAAGAUUGCGGAAAAGGAGCAUAAGCGAGCUGUAAAGGCUUAUCAACAAGCCGUCAAGGAUCGAGAAAAUAUGAUCAAGGAUAGGCGCAAGCUCAUUGAAAAGCGGGAGAAGAAAGCUCGACAAGAGCAAGACAGGCAACUGAAGGCGGAGGAAAAGCAACGGCUUAAGGAGGAAAAGGAAGAAGUGAAGAAGGGAGCUGUGGCCAGUCAUGGGGAAUCUAAGGCGAGCCAAGAAUCUGAGGCAUCACUUAGCAGCGACGGAAAACCGAAAAGAGACAAGAAAUUCUGCAUGCUACCUCCCAGGGAUAGUAGGGGGGGGAGAGACAAGUGUUGGGUUAGAGUUUAUAUGGACGGGGUCGAUGAGGUCGGAGCCCACUGUGGGCUUUUCUUCACCGGGCCACACUAUGAAAGCUUAGUUGGUGAAGUCGGUGCCCGAAUUGAAAAGUGGCUGGAGGAGGAUGCUACGAGACGAGCAAUCCUGGAAGCCGAGACAUCCUAG